GCAGCUCCGCAAACAAUUCCAAUUUCCAAGUGCGUAAAAUCAUGUGUCAAAGUCGUCGCCGUGUAAGGAUUGAUCAUCUCCACAAUACCAAAAAAUAAUUAUAAAAAGAAUGUUUGCCCAAGUCAUAUAUGUUUAUUUAACUCCAUUUCUAUUUCAAGAAUGUCAUCGUCACAAAAUUUCAAGAAUCUGGAAAACGAGUUUUAAUUUCCAAACUUUGCCAAAAUAAGAUAAUUAGUUUCCAUUUAGUGGCUCUUAAUCCACACGACCCUGCACCCUAAUAUAAGCUUUUACCCUCAUUAUUAUUACUACCUAAUCUAGAUUCGACCUGAUUGGUUUAUUACAACUAAUGAGUGGUAAUUAAGAUUGUAAAGUCUUCAAAGCAACCUUGCCCAAUAAUUAUGUGUUAAGAAUUCAACCCACUGUGGGGGCUGCCUUGAUGAACUCAGAGCUCUUUUGUGAACUCUAUUACAUUUUAUCUAUCUAUAUAUAUUACUAUCUGAAAAGUUCCAAUAUUCCCCUGCCUACAUAGCAUUGUUAUUGUUCGUGUUGGGAAAUCCUUUUCCGACCAUCAACAUAAAUCUUUUCACCACCAUGAAAAUGGCCUUUUCCACUCGCCUUUAUUUCUGAUCCUUUUUCACCUUUCCUUUCCCGACUCGGAAAUACUGCUGAGCUACAAGGCAUGUCUCUGGGCAGAUGGAGGAAGGAAGAGACGUCCACGGCCGCUUUCCGCCCCUCCAACACCACCCUCGCCGCCGUGGAAUCGCUAGCUCUGCCUCUUGUGCAGGAAGUGGUGUUUUUGGCCGAUUUUCGGUGCCCCAAGUGCCAGCGGCGAGUGGCUGAGAUUAUGGCCAAAAUGAAUGGGGAAACUCAAUCGGUUGUGAUAAGUGUCUUGGAAAAGACGGUGACGCUGACGUGUGCAUAUCCGACCGGCGACAAGCCGGCCGGCCGACAGCUUGUUCAUCGCAGUUCAUGGAGCAAGACAUCCUUAUUGUUGCGCCUCUUUCGCUAUUCCUGCAGUUAACUCCUAACUGAAACAUUUGACUCCAAAAAAAAAAAAAAAAGAAUAAAGAGAUUUGAUGUACAUGCCACAUUUACUCACACAUGUUAUUACCACUUUCUAGAUGUGUAAAUAAUAUUCUGUCACAAUUCAAUAAUGUUUGAAACACUGAUGAUUUUACGUUAA